AUGAAGAGAGCCAACCACACAGAGAUAAGAGAGUUUGUUUUCCAGGAUUUCUCCAGUUUUCGAGAACAUCAGGGGACACUCUUUGUGGUCUUUCUCACCCUGUACAUCCUAACACUGAAGGGCAAUGUGGUCAUUGUGAUUAUUAUCUGCACUGACCAUCACCUUCACACCCCCAUGAAUUUCUUUUUAAGUGUCCUCUCCACUUCAGAGACUUUCUACUCCCUGAUGAUUAUCCCACGCAUGCUUUCUAGCCUUGCAGGCCUGAGCCUGUCCAUCUCCCUGGAGGGCUGUGGAACCCAGCUCUUCUUUUUCCUUGGCUUUGCCAUUACCAACUGCCUCCUGCUAGCAGUAAUGGGGUAUGAUCGCUAUGUGGCCAUCUGCAACCCCCUUCCCUACUCAAUCUUCAUGAAUUGGAGGGUCUGUGCCACACUGGCAUCCUUGGUCUGUGCCACAGGAUUCUCACUCUCACUGGUUCAGGCUGUGGCCACUUUCAGACUGCCCUUCUGCAACUCACUGAUUGAGCAUUUCUUCUGUGAUGUUCAACCUGUGUUGGACCUGGCCUGUGCUGUCCCAAUCAUCAAUGAUAUUCUGACCUUAGUUAUCAGCCUCCUGGUGCUCACAGCCCCUGCCACCUUCCUCUUCAUCAUGUAUGUUCUCAUUAUUUCCACAAUUCUCAAGAUUGCCUCAGCUGAAGGGUUAAAGAAGACCUUUGCCACCUGCACCUCCCACCUCACUGUGGUCAUUGUCCACUAUGGCUGUGCCUCCAUUGCCUACUUCAAACCCAAAUCAGAGAACACCAAAGAUCAGGAUCAGUUAAUCUCAGUAACCUACACUAUUAUAACACCUUUGCUGAACCCUGUUGUCUACAGUCUGAGAAAUAAAGAAGUCCAGAAUGCUCUGUGGAGAGUGGUAGAUAGGAAAUUCAUUUCCUAA